AUGUCACGCAGAUCAAGUCGCAAGUCAGACGUUAAGGCUCUGGAGGCACACACAGCAAAUAUGAUCACCUCUCCGAGCACAACCCCAAGGAAAGGACGAAAAGUGAUCAAGGCAGAGGACGAUGUAUUGGUAGCAAACACGAAGCCAGUCAAGUCUCCCAAUGGCACAAAGGUCAAGGCGGAAAUCCAUGCCGAAGCAAUUGUCUCUACAAUGGCAAAUGGCGAGAUCAAGAGUGUCGAGGAGGAAGUCGACAUCGGAUUGAAGCAGGAAUCUAAACCUAAGCCAAAGAAAGUCGUGACGAAGCGCAAAGCAAAGACCCAAGAGGAGGACGCUGGUCAGGAGAAAGAAACCGCGACCAAGAAGAAACGUAAAACGAAAGAAGAGAAGGAAGCGGAAAAUGUGCCAUUGGCAGAAAGGACCGCGAUUGUGACACUGAAAAAGAGCAUGCACAUUGGAGCUCAUGUGAGCGGCGCAAAAGGCGUGCAAAAUUCCGUUACAAAUGCUCUGCAUAUAGGUGGCAAUGCCUUUGCCUUGUUUCUCAAGUCGCAGCGGAAAUGGGAAAGCCCACCUCUGAGUUCAGAAUCGCGGGAUCAGUUCAAAGCUUUUUGCGAAGAGCACAAGUUUGAUGCCGCAAAACAUGUCCUCCCACACGGGUCGUACCUUGUCAACCUCGCCCAGAAGGAAGCUGCGGCAGCAACUAAAGCGUACGAUUGUUUCUUGGACGAUUUACAGCGGUGUGAGCAAUUGGGCAUCAAGUUGUACAAUUUCCAUCCGGGAAAUACAGGAAGCAACCCUCGGCCAGAGGCUAUUGGGCGAAUUGCGGCACAAUUAAACAAAGCUCACAAGGCAACCAAAACCGUCAUCACAGUUCUAGAAAACAUGGCUGGGAGUGGAAACGUUAUUGGCUCAACUUGGGAAGAUCUCCGCGACAUCAUUGCUUUGGUCGAGGACAAGGAACGAGUCGGUGUAUGCAUUGAUACUUGCCACACUCAUGCGGCGGGAUACGAUCUUCGGUCACCCGAGGCUUUCGAGAAAACGAUGAACGAGUUUGCAAAUGUUGUCGGACUGCCGUAUCUCAAGGCACUACAUCUGAAUGACAGCAAGGCUCCCUUUGCGUCUCACAGGGACUUGCAUGCAAAUAUUGGCACUGGGUUUCUUGGCUUACGGGCUUUUCAUAAUGUUGUCAAUUUCGCCCCUUUCCAAGGAUUGCCCAUGGUACUUGAAACUCCGAUCGAUGAAGGACCCGAGCGCAAAGGGGAAGAGGACAAAGGAGUUUGGGCUAGAGAAAUCAAACUUCUUGAAGGUCUCAUUGGCCGCGAUCCAGAGAGUGAGUCUUUCAAGUCAGAUGAGCAAAAACUUCAAGAUGCCGGUAGCGAGGAGCGGAAGAAGUAUCAAGAGCAAGCAGAUAAGAAGCAAGGUCUAGUGGAUAAGAAAAAGCAGAAAACGCUCGACAGCAUCUUUAAGAGUGUGCCCAAGACGAAAAAGAAUGCUGCAAAAGAGAGCGAUGCAGAUAACAGUGAUAGUUGCUGUAGUCACUGA